AUGAAAGAUGGAGUGCUUGUCCUGGUUGAUACAGACCUGCGGCUUGGCAGACCUUUCUGUUCAGUCGCUGACCUGAAAAGUGCGGUUGCCCUCGAGGUUGAGCAGAAGCAUUUCACUUCUAGAUCUACAUUUGGUCGUGGCGGUUUUUAUGCUAGAUCACAGGCGCACUUACGAAAGGAGCUGGAAGAUGAUAUUCGAGAUCGCAUGCGCUGUCUCCUUUCGGGAAGAGCCGCCGAUCAACCUCCCCGCAACACUUCUAGUGUGAUUCAGGCUGCAGAAGCGUCCUUGCUAGGCUUUGCCGAGAAGGCCGUCUGUCUUUUAUACGGAAUGGGCGUGUCUGGAACGCCCUUGUUUGUGCCACCACAAAAACUAACUCCCGAAUGGCUAGCAGCAAUGACAAUUUCUUCCCAGCCCAGCAUCGAGUACUUGUGUGACGGGAAGAAGCUUCCCUGGGAUGCCGGAGCAGUCCUUGUGCUGGUGGCUGACACGGCCGCUGACAGGGGCUGGAGUGAACGAUUUGCAUUGGCCGCUGCAUGCUUGAGAGCAGCCACCAUGGCCACUGCCCAUGUCCAUGCGUGUCCUAUAAUUUGGGCCUGCUGCAAGACAGCUGAAUCUGAGCUGUGCAGCUGUCCUCUCACAGAGCGCUGGCGACAUCUGAUCAAGGUGGAGGUGUGGCAGGUGUCCUCACCUCGAGCUCUACAAGCCUUGGUCAAUCGCGCUGCUGCCCUGGCUUCAGCGACGGCACAGGGCCUUCCCGUCCUCAUGUUGCGCAAGGACAGUGUCAGUAGCAUUGAAGAAUUGACGGCACCCAGAUGUAUGUCCUGCAGGCUUCCAAGGUCUGCUUUGCUGAGCCAAAUCGUUGCUUUCAGCAGGGAUGCAGAGGUGUUGGCACGAUGCCGCGUGGUUGCCCCGUCCUGGCACAAGGCACUGUCGGCACUGCCAGCGCCUGCAGGACGUGCAGGUCAGUUGGAGAAGUCGCUGGUGCGCUUUGGUCGGAGCGUCUCUUCCAAAAGACGCUGGGUCUUCUGGCAGUCUCUCUUGCAGUUGCACCAGCAUAGAGGGGCGAGACGAAGAUCCACAGAGAAAGUGAGCUACGAAGAGAUGCUUCAGCAGGGAAUGGAAGAAGAUCGCUUUGCAGAAGCUCGUGCGGUCAUCGCUGCGGAUGUUCCCAGGACGCUACAGUCUUCCGACGCCCCUCCAUCUCUUCGGCCGGAAAGUGCUCUGAAUCCUCUUCCCCUAGAGGAGCGUGCAAAAGCCUUGUCUCGAAUUUUGACUGCUCUGGCAGCAGCUUGCCCGUCAGUGGGAUACUGCCAAGGCUUGGAUAUGGCUUGUGGGUUUAUUUUAUCCGUGGCAGAAGAGGCUGCAAUGGCUGCUGAUGGACGGGAGUUGGAAAGAUCAGUUUUCGCAUUUCUUCUGGCAGUGCUAGAACUUGGCGUGCGGGAGUGGUUUGAACCCCCGCUCCUGGGCCUACGGGCAGCGACCCUUGCCUUCUGGAAACUGUUGCAGAAUGAUUUGCCACUAGUGGCGCAGCACUUGGCAUCUGAGUGUGUUGGUUGUGAGCUCCUUGUUCUGCCGUGGUUGCAGACCUUGUUUUGUGGUGUGCGCUGGAUGCCACGGGAUGUGCUCAGCCGAAUUUGGGAGGCUUGGCUCUUGGAUGGAACGCCUAAGGUGCUUUUCCGAACGGCGCUGAUGCUAUUCCAGCGGUCGGCUGACUCUCUCUCCCAGGCAUGCUUGGAGGACAUUUCGCAACAACUCAAGCAAUGCCCGCCUGGCCUCAGCUGUAACCCUGCAACUUUCUUAGAACUUGCCUGGCGCACAAAAGUGACCAGCAGAGUUUUGAGCUCCCUCUUGGCAGAGGCGGAUGAAAGGCUUCGCGAAAAUUCUGGCACUGUGUACGUGGAGCCAAACGAGGUCGUCGAGUUGACCGAUGAGCUCCUGGAAAGUCAAAAGGAACUGAAGCUGCUGGUUCGCCGCAUUCUCGGGACAAUGUCCCUGGCACUGUCCCACUCGGCAAAGGACAUUCGGCGGUGCUUAGAGGCUGCGGCACGCAUUGACCUGGCGCGCGCGAGACUGUUUCUGGGCGAGGACAUGGAAGGAGAGGUGCCCAAUGUUGGAGAUGAUGGGAUCAUAGAGGUGAAGCAGGCACGGAAUCCCUGCCUCAUACUGCGUGGUGGCAAGCGGGUAGUAGGUUAUCGCCUCGAGCUAGGGAAGUCAAGCCAGGGAUUACUACUUACUGGCCCGAAUGCUGGGGGCAAGACAGUCGUCCUGAAGACUUUGGGACUCCUCGCCCUGCUGGCACGCUGUGGCAUUCCGGUGCCAGCAGGAGAGUCUCCGCGAGUUGACUUCUUUGAGGUUGUCCUGGCAGAUGUGGGCGACAUGCAAACGAUUGUUGAUGACUUGUCAACCUACUCUGCACAUCUCGUAGCGUCCCGCAUCAUGCUCUCGAGCGUCCAGCACGUCGGGCCUCGAGCUAUGGUUCUGGUGGAUGAGGCCGGAACUGGAACGGAUCCGCAACAAGGGGCAGCUCUUGCCCGAGCCAUGCUGGAGGCAUUUCUGGAAUCAGGCGCUCGUGUUGUUGCGACAACGCACUGCGUUCAGCUCAAGAACUGGGCCACGGAGGCCAACGGUGGAUUCAACGUCUCACCCUUCCACAAAGAACACUUUCCAGCAUUGUGCAUUUCACAUGAAGAGACUAGAAUCAUCCACACCUAA